UCCCUGGCCUAGGGAAUGUUGUGUUACCAUGGAGACACAUCGUUCUGCGUUGGAGCUGCAGACCCAAAACGACAUUUUCUAAUGAUAAUCUGUGACCGUUUGGUUUACGACUCAUUGUGGAGGGUUCUUCUCAUGUUCUCUCUGCCGUCUUCUAUGCCAGUGGACAACGAGGAAGCCGUGCUGCUUCAUGAGGAGGCCACCAUGACCAUCGAGGAGCUGCUCACACGUUAUGGCCAGAACUGCGGGAAGGGGGCUCGGAAUAAGUUGUGUCCACAUAAUGCAGAUAAGACGGACACUGACGACAAGACCACAACUGUUAACGGGGACCUGGAACCAGAUGUUAAGUGCAAGAACGGCGAGAAAGAAACCUCCGUGGCAGCAGUCUCCUCAUCGGAUGAAGGAGGCAGCGGCUCUGGAAGCUCCUCACACCGCAAGGCAGCCAGCGAGGCAGUGUCUUCUUCCACCGGUGAGGCUGGACCUUCCUGUUCCUCCUGCCCCACACAGCCACCAGCUACAGAAAAGUCCAAGUUCUUUGAGGACAGUGAAGAGUCUGAGGCUGAAGAUGAGGAGGACGACAGUGAGGAGUGCAGCGAAGAGGAAUACAGCAGCGAGGAGGCGGAGAAUGAGGAAGACAGCGAGGCUGAGGAGGAGGAGGAGGAGGAGGAAGAGGAUGAGGAAGAUGAAAUGCUUCCUGGCAUGGACGGGAAAGAGGAGCCCGGCUCUGACAGUGGCACCACGGCUGUUGUCGCCCUGAUCAGGGGGAAGCAGCUGAUUGUGGCUAAUGCCGGUGACUCCCGAUGUGUUGUGUCUGAGGGAGGCAAAGCCGUGGACAUGUCCUACGACCAUAAACCAGAGGAUGAGCUGGAGCUGGCACGGAUUAAGAAUGCUGGUGGGAAAGUUACCAUGGACGGCAGAGUGAACGGAGGCCUGAACCUGUCAAGGGCCAUAGGUGAUCACUUCUACAAGAGGAACAGGAACCUCCCCCCGGAGGAGCAGAUGAUAUCCGCUUUACCUGACAUCAAGGUGCUGACUUUGAAUGAGGAGCACGAGUUCAUGGUGAUCGCCUGUGAUGGAAUCUGGAAUGUCAUGAGCAGCCAGGAAGUUGUGGACUUCAUCCAUGAGAGGAUCAGCCAGCAUGAUCAGAGUGGGGAACCAGUGAACCUCUCGUCUAUAGUGGAAGAGCUCUUGGACCAGUGCUUGGCUCCAGACACCUCUGGGGAUGGAACAGGAUGUGACAACAUGACCUGCAUCAUUGUCCGCUUCCAGCCGUAUUCUCACAGUAGUGCCGAAGGCAGCAAGCGAAAACUGGAAGUUGUGGAGGCAGUGACUGAGAACUGCAAUGACGGCAGCAAGAAGGCAAAGACAGACUAGUCGCCGACCCACUGCUGCCCACAUUGGACUUUGACCUAACGAUCUUCAGACUUUUACGAGUAUUGUCAGUUUUGUUUUUUUGUUCUUUUUUUUUUUUUAUUAUUGAUGAUCGAUGUACAAACCUGUUGAGUUGUAGCUGCCGGAUGGUGCUCGUGUGUGGGGUGGGGGAGGGGGGGGGGGGGGGGAGAAGCUAUCACUUUGUGUAUAAUUUUGUAAUCAUUCCAUGACCCCUGUUCCUUCAGCCCCUGGAACCUGUGGAAGAAUUUUAACAAGGCUUUUUAUAAAUGAGUGUGUUGCCUGGCUCACUGUGGUUGGGUGGAGCAGUCACUGGGGUUGGUUUGCACUAUAUACAGUCCGUCUGAUUUUGGGUGUCAUCUCCCGGGUAGGGACUAUGGCAAAUAUUAAAUGGUU